AGGUCCCCUCCACUGGCCCCCUCACUCAACUGCAAAAGCCCCGCCUACGCUGGAAGAGGCAGCGCGCGGAGACCCGCCCCGUACCACGUCCGGCGCACAUCCGAGGCCCGCACCGAGGGUGCGCAGGCGGCGCCCGCCGUUUACGACGUGCCGGAAAGUAGCGGCCGCAGCCGGCAUUGGGCUGAGCCGGACCACUAUGGGGGUGAGGCAAAGGCGAACCGCCUCCGGAACAGGGACGGAAUGGUGGCGAGGACCUGGGAGAAAGUCGCGCUGCAGCUCAAAGCCACGCUGGAGAACGUCACCAACCUCCGGCCUGUGGGUGAGGACUUCCGGUGGUACCUGAAGAUGAAAUGUGGCAACUGUGGUGAGAUUUCGGAGAAGUGGCAAUACAUUCGGCUGAUGGACAGCGUGGCACUGAAGGGAGGCCGUGGCAGCGCCUCCAUGGUCCAGAAGUGCAAGCUGUGUGCAAGGGAAAACUCCAUCGAGAUUUUGAGCAGCACCAUCAAAUCAUACAAUGCCGAAGACAAUGAGAAGUUCAAGACAAUAGUACAGUUUGAGUGCCGGGGCCUUGAGCCAGUUGAUUUCCAGCCCCAGGCUGGGUUUGCUGCUGAGGGUGUGGAAUCAGGGACAGUCUUCAGUGACAUUAAUCUUCAGGAGAAGGACUGGAAUGACUAUGAUGAAAAGACUCAGGAGUCUGUGGGAAUCUACGAGGUCACCCACCAGUUUGUGAAAUGCUAAACCCUCUUCCCGGACAUUUACCUCUAAGAACUGAGAAGGGACAAUGUGCCCCAAGCAACUGAGGCUGGUCCCGUCGUCCCUCAUCUCCUGGCAGCUGUCCAAGCCCUCACAGCCUGCAUGCUGGGCUCUGUGACACCUUGCCAAGCCCCACCAAUAAAGUUCCUGUUCGCGCUGCA